AUGAUAGCAUUGCCUGGAGAAGAAGUCUCUCAAGAACGAAACAAUAAGACGAUAAGACAACAGUCGCAUGGAGAAAAGACUAUGCAAAUCAUUUCGCCUGACGAAACAAAUACAGAAGGGAAUGAUAACAAUGGAGAUCAACAGCAGAAUAACCCCGAUACCACUCAGGACCUCAGAGAGUCAACGACAGCUACCAGCGAGAAACCCUACACAUCGUUCAGUCUGCCCCAGAAAUGGUUCGUUGUGGGCAUGGCCACGGCAGCAUCAUUCUUUUCACCACUAUCAGGACAAAUCUAUUACCCUGUGCUGCCCAUACUCGCAGAAAACUACCAUCUGAGCCAGACCCUGCUCAACAUCUCCGUGACGACGUACAUGAUCUUUCAAGGCCUGACGCCGAGCUUCAUGGGCACGUUCUCCGACGCCAGUGGCCGUCGGCCCGGGUACAUACUAGCAUUCAUCAUCUACACGGCUGCCAACAUCGGUCUGGCAGAACAAAACAGCUACGCCGCGUUGUUGGUGUUGCGGUGUCUUCAAAGCGCCGGGAGUAGCGGCACCGUCUCUUUUGGAUACGGAGUUAUCGCCGAUGUUACUACGACUGCUGAACGAGGAACGUACAUGGGUCCCAUGGCAGCAGGGGUUAUGAUGGGUCCUGCUUUGGGUCCUGUUAUUGGGGGGUUGUUGUCGCAGUUUCUGGGCUGGCGGUCUGUGUUUUGGUUCUUGGUGAUCAUCAGCGGGUCUUAUCUUGUGAUUUUCACUCUUUUUCAGCCAGAGAGUCAUCGGGGAAUUGUCGGGGAUGGGAGUAUUCUCCCCUCUGAAUCGUGGCGGUUGUCUGUCCUGCAGUAUAUUCGAAUCCGGAGAAAACAGGCGCGAAUGAGCGUCGAAGAGAAGCAGGAGUAUGACGAAGCGCGAAAAGAGUUGCGAAUACAGCAGAAGAACAGGAAACUUGCAUUCCCUAAUCCGUUGCUCUCAUUUGUGAUUUUGUUGGAACCGGAUGCUUUAAUGCUGAUUUUGUAUAUCGCGUUGAUGUUUUUCGGUGCUACGAUAAUGAUGACUUCCUUGCCGUCUCUUUUUCCUGGUAUAUAUGGAUUGAAUGAGCUCGAGGUUGGAUUAUGUUUCUUACCUCUAGGAGUAUCAUCCGCCCUGGGUGCGGUGGCCAACGGCAAACUCCUUGACUGGAAUUAUAGAAGAUUAGCGGUGAAGCACGGAAUGAGCAUUGACAGUAAACACGGCGACGACUUGACCAAUUUCCCCAUCGAGAAGGCUCGCAUCCAAAUGCCACUGUUCUGGGCAAGUCUUCUCGCUGCUACAUUUCUAGGCUAUGGAUGGGCAUUGGACUAUAAGACCUCGCUUGCUGUGCCGCUGGUCAUAUCUUUCAUACUUGGUUUCUCUCUCAUUUGCACUAUGAAUAGUCUCAACACGUUGCUUACGGAUAUUUUUCCGAGUCGAGUCAGCACUGCCUCUGCUGCAUCGAAUCUUGUGAGGUGUUUGCUCGGUGCCGUGGGUGCAGCGGUGGUUGAUUCGAUGAUAGAUGCUAUGGGUAUUGGGUGGUGUUUCACCUUUACAGGUCUGGUCAUGGGCGCUGCAGUGAUGUUUUUAUGGUGUGAGUAUAAAUGGGGCAUGCAGUGGAGGCAAAAGAGAUGGAGAAAGAAGGCCGAGAAGGUCGAGGCAGUAUAG